AAAUAAAAAAUCAAUUUUUUGAUAAAUGUGCAGCCAGCCACGAUUGGUCCAAAAAUCUCAAUCGCUUCAUUUUCCAGUUAACCCUGUCUCUCUCGUCCACUUUCCUUCAAUUUCCCUCCUGCCAUUCUGCCAAACAUAGUAACAUGUCCUCGCACUGGUCAGUGAAAUUAUAGCAAUGAUUAAGCUGAAAACAGUUUUUCUUUUGGCUUUCAGUUUUCAGUUUGUUAUUUUGAUGAUGUAUUUAUGUGAUCAGAUCAUUAGAAGUUCCAUUGUUUAUCCGUUUUAUGCUACAAGAUAGAGUAUGAAAGGCUCUUAUAAUUGUCUUCCCCAGAAAGUCGUUUCUUCCCUGUUUUUUCAAGCCUUUGUAUAUUAUUUUAGUAACGUUGUGAAGGCAUUUUACGUUACAUUAUCCAAAUCCUUCUCUUCCUAUCUUUUCAUCCCAAAUAUAUAUAAAAAAUGGUUUUCUUUAACUGAAUUUGAAAGUGCUAAAUGAUUGUUGACAUUUCUUGGGAGUUGCUAUAUUGGCAAUAGCAUUGAUGACGUAUUUGGCAUAAGAGGCUUGAUGGUUCGUGGUUUGAUUGAUUAAUUCUUUUUCCUUUUAAAAUUGGAUCAUCAAGAGCUUAUUAAAUAUUUAAAUUUUUUUGUUAUUUAUCUCUUACAAGAAAAGGUUUUGAACUUCAUUCGCCGUACUUAAGAAAAGAAUUGUAAGAAUCUUGUCUUCUUGUGCCCCUUGUUUCAUUGGUAGAAAUUGUAGUGUUCUCUGAGUAAUUAUGUUAAUGCUCUUGUUCCAGCAGUUACAUUCAAUCGGCUUUUCUGAAUUCAUUUACUGUUUAGCGGAGUUGUGCAGUUCAUGGACCUUUUUCUUUUAUGCUUGGUUUUGAUGACCACCAAACCAUGAAUCCAUUUUUUGUUUUCCAGUGUUUAGGAGGAUAGACCAUAAAAAAUGCAGAGGGAAAGGCAUGGUAGAAAUGAUUUCUUUGCUAUGGGUGAUCCUUUUGGCAAUUUCCGGGGCUUUGGUUUGAUGCCGAGCCUAUUUGGAGGGAGGGAUCCAUUUAAUGACUCGCUCUUCACUCUCCCUUUUGGUAGCAUGUUUGAGUCUAGCAGGUAUGAUCCUCCAGUUCUACUAGCAGGGACGUAUUGCAGACCGAUAGAGCGAAGGCGUUAGUAAUAGAAGAACUACCGUCUGAUGAUGAGGGUGAAAAAGAAGAUGUGCAAACUGGGGAUGAGAAGAGUGACCAUCAAAACAACAUUGGUUCAAGCAAAGAGCCAUCAGUUGAGCAUCCUGAUGGUAAAAUAAAAAUUAUUAUGGUUUAUAUCUGCUUUUGCUAGUGAAUUAUUGUUCUUGUGUAUCAAUGAUUGCAACUGUGGUUUGUCUCUUAGAGAGGGAAAACAAGAGUGUGAAUUAGAGGAGUGAUCAUAACAGAACUGAAGGAACAAAGCCACAAAUCCGCAGUUCCAUUUUUCAGACUUGCAAAGCCACAUAUGGAGGUAUGUAUGGAGCAUAUUAUACUUCCACUAGGACCAGAAGGACAGGCGGUGAUGGAGUAAGUGAAUUGUUCCUGGUCAUGUGGAUUUGUUUAACCAAUGCCUUCUGUUUUAAUUUACGAUUCUGUACCAGGUGGUGAUUGAGCAGAAUUUCUAAUUCCUCAAUGAACACCUCCCUUAGUUGCUUGCAUGCAAAUAAUUAAUGGCACACAUGUAUAUCUUAUGUGGUUGUCGCUCACCCCAGCAACACAUGAAACAUACUAUAAUUCAUUUCGGUACCAGAACACUCUAAAGCAAAACAAAGAAAAUAUGGCUAGUUGGUCAGAUGAAAAUGCCACCACAGCUUAUCUCCCUGCCCUGAAAAUGGGAAAAAGAGAUAAGGAGCUUGAUGUAGCUGAGUUCAUAUCAGCCCUGACUGCUGGGAAAAAUGCACAACUCGCGGUGAUAACAUACGCUAGCAUUGAUGGAUCCACCAUACUGUCAUUAGUAGCAGCUGCACAUCAAACUGGCGGCAAUGUGAUCUGUAUUUUACCAACAAAACCCAAUGUUUGUGCAUCAAGAAAUUCUCCAGGACCUUAUGCAGAUUGUGUUAAGUUUGUCAUAGGAGAUGCCAAUAUCCUAUCAUCAAAGGACUACAGAGGGCAGAUUUUGUACUUGUAGAUUGCGAUCUUCAUGAUUGCAAGGAGGUGCUUAGAGCUGCAGAGGACUGUUCCUUCUUUUAUGAUUUGAAAGAGGGCUUCAAAACUAAUAACAUGGAUGUUAGUUGAUUUGAUGUAAAGACCACAUUGCAUGUAACAAGCAUCUGACUUCAUGUUCUUGAAGAAGUUGGAUGUUCUCAACGAGUUAUUUGUGUUUUCCCGAAAUUCCAUAUAAAAAAGAAUGGCUUUAUUUUAAA